UUGUUGAAAUCGCUGACGCUGACUUCACCAAGGCGGCCAACAUGGCAGCAGGAAAGAAAAAAUCAUCUAACGUUACUCUUCCAUCAAGAUUUAAAAAAACGCUUUCCUCCAUAUGGCAGGACAAACACAUGGUGUUGUUCAAAGCAGAGUACACGUUCUUGAUCACGGCCGUACUUUGGCUCCUGGAAAUUGUGAUUAACAUAUGGGUGAUCCAAAGAGUUGCAUAUACAGAGAUUGACUGGAAGGCGUACAUGGAUGAGGUGGAGGGCGUUAUUAACGGCACAUAUGACUACACACAGCUGAAGGGCGACACGGGACCGCUGGUGUAUCCAGCCGGUUUUGUGUAUAUAUUCACAGGGCUGUAUUAUCUUACUGAUCAUGGACAGAAUAUUCGUUUGGGUCAGUACGUGUUCGCUGUGUUCUACCUCAUCACUCUCCUUCUUGUGUUCCGCAUUUACCAUCACACCAAAAAGGUUCCUCCCUAUGUGUUCUUCUUCAUCUGCUGUGCUUCGUAUCGGAUUCACUCCAUCUUCAUCUUGCGUCUCUUUAAUGAUCCGGUGGCCAUGAUGCUGUUAUUUGGAGCCAUCAAUCUCUUCCUGGACGGCCGCUGGACUCUAGGAUGUGCCCUUUACAGUUUAGCUGUGUCUGUGAAGAUGAACGUUCUGCUCUUCGCUCCUGGUCUCCUCUUCCUUCUCUUGAGUGAGUUCGGUCUAUGGAAAACUUUACCCAAGCUCACUCUCUGUGCUGUCAUUCAGCUGUUACUGGGACUGCCGUUCCUCUUGGUGAACCCUCUCGGGUAUGUUAGCCGGGCCUUUGACCUGGGCAGGCAGUUUCUGUUUAAGUGGACCGUGAACUGGCGUUUUCUUCCCGAGGAUGUGUUUUUGAGUCGAUACUUCCACCUAGUGCUGCUUUUUGCUCACAUUACCACAUUGCUUCUGUUUGCACUGAAGAGAUGGAAGAGGUCUGGAAACAGUAUUUGGUCUCUUCUAAAAGAUCCAUCUGAGAGAAAAGAGACUGCACACAAGCUCGAUGCUGAUCAGACAGUUCUGGUUUUGUUCACCUCUAACUUUAUCGGCAUGUGCUUCAGUAGAUCUCUGCAUUAUCAGUUUUAUGUCUGGUACUUCCAUACGCUCCCCUACCUUCUGUGGAGUGGAGGAGUCAAGAAGCUUGCCCACCUUCUCAGUGUGUUGAUUUUGGGUCUGAUAGAGCUGUCCUGGAACACGUAUCCGUCCACCAACUACAGCUCUCUAUCGCUGCAUGUCUGCCAUCUCAUCAUCCUGCUCUGUUUGUGGCUCAACCCAACCCCAGCUCUUCCGUCUCAGAGGUCAGAGAACAAGGCUAAGCGCCACUGAACCCUGGUGUGACCGGGGCACUCGCUGUACCGGAGUGACAUACGGGUGGCCAGGGACCUGUGCCCUGAGUGUGAUCAAAUCGUAUCAAGGGGAUUUGUUAAUGGAGGUAGUGUGAUGUUAAUAUAUGGGGGUACAGAGAGUUUACAAUGCUUCUCAGGAUUCUUAAGGACUAAUGGAGUGCUCUGUCUGGGAUGUCGGAGCUGGAAAUGUGAAUGUUGUGUGGAUCUUUAUUGGAAGUAUAAUAUAAAAAAUAUAAAAUGAGUAUGCAGCAUAUCAACACUGUUGACCUUUGAGACCUUAAUGAUCUCUUGUUGUCACCCUUGGAUGCAUUAUAACCAGGUACAAGGGCCUAAAGAUGUUAUAUAUA